AUGAGAAGAUAUGGCAAACACACGUGGCUGGCAAUAAAUAACGCCACGUGUAAUGUACCAGGUGGCCACAGCUAUUUGACUGAUUGGUACGACUACAGACCUGGUGCCGACGCUGCUGAACAUGUACGACACCUUGGUGGGGCGGCAGACACUGAGCAGGCCCCAGGAGCCGCCGCCGCCGCCCCCGGUGUCCAGGCCCCUGUCGCAGGCUUCCAUUGCUUCAUCUUCUUCCUCCUCUUCUUCUUCAGGUAA